AUGUCGUCGAAUCCUGCUGUUAAGAAAACCAAAAAGAGAAAGGUUGCACCCAACCUUUCUCAGAGAGCCGGACCCUCUAACCAACCCCCACCCGUCGUUAGAAGACCCAACCCUCUUCCACCUCAGUACAAUUUCACGCCAACGGCUCGAAUUCCUUCCCCGUUCACGCCCCAAGAGCAACAACAUUUCCGGAACUUCCCACCGCCACAGACGCUUUUCCAGAACUCAGCCAAUCAAGUUCCUGAUCCGCCCAUUUCGACACCUGAGGUUCAGAACAAUACUGCUCACAUGCCAGAGGAUCAUCUGCUAUCUCCAACGCAGCACUCUCAUGGUCAUAGUCAACAACCGUCUUCUCCCGGUAACAACUACGAGCCUCAACUCCAGGAUGAGCCAAUGCAAUCUCUAACUGCCCUGCUAAUGAUGCCUGGCCGUGAGAAGUUUACGACUGUUCUCUCUCCCAUACAGUUGGAGAAGACGACUUGGUAA